AAAGCUGUAGAUGAGGUGAUGAAGCAUGUUCACACCCUCUCAGGGAAAAAUGAUGGACUGGUGCCUAUGUUCAUAAGCACCAACAGUGGGCAGUUCACUCACUUGGGUGUCUAUACUCUGGGAGCCAGAGCUGACAGCUACUAUGAGUAUUUGCUCAAGCAGUGGAUUCAGGGUGGGAAAAAAGAAAACGAGCUGUUAGAAGACUAUAUGAGAGCCAUAGAAGGAGUGAAACAGCAUCUUCUUCAGAGAUCGCAACCCAAGAAGCUUACUUUUGUAGGAGAACUUGCUCAUGGCCAUUUCAGUGCCAAGAUGGAUCACUUGGUUUGCUUUUUGCCUGGUACUUUGGCACUGGGAGCUCACAAUGGAUUGACUGCAGAUCAUAUGAAGUUGGCUGAAGCCCUUAUAGAAACCUGUUACCAGAUGUAUGCUCAAGUGGAGACAGGCCUAAGUCCAGAGAUAGUACACUUCAAUCUUCAUGCACAAAAGGGCCACAAAGAUGUGGAAAUCAAGCCUGCAGACAGGCACAACCUACUGCGACCAGAAACUGUGGAAAGCCUUUUUUAUAUGUACAGAUUCACCGGUGAUAAGAAAUACCAAGACUGGGGCUGGGAAAUCUUGCAGAACUUCAAUAAAUACACACGGGUUCCUACAGGUGGUUAUACUUCCAUUAACAACGUCCAGAAUCCCAGUAAUCCAGAGCCACGAGAUAAGAUGGAGAGCUUCUUCCUUGGGGAAACGCUCAAAUACAUGUUCCUGCUGUUUUCAGAUGACAUAGACUUAAUCAACCUUGACAAAUAUGUAUUUAACACAGAAGCUCAUCCACUCCCUAUCUGGGUGCCAGCAUAGACUGGGUGUCAGUAGACCUUCCAGUGGUGGCAUUUUUAUCUUCAAGUCACUUUACUAUUCAGGGUUUGAGGAGAGAUGCUAUAUUGCACCUUUUUUGGCUUAAAUCAAUCAAACAAAACCUUUGGGAUAACAUCUCUGUUUUCAAGAAGUCAUGUCAGUCUUAAAUGUAAUCCCCGGUUCUGGGAUGGACAAGCUGUGCCAUACUAAGCUGGUUUUCCUGGUAUUAAUGAUGUGGUUCAGAGAAUAAUGGACCAUGA